AUGGAUUCCGCCAUGGGGACAGCGUUUAUUUUCCUUGCAAGAUCCGCAAUCGAGCGGAUCCCAAAAGACGAGCUCGAAGACCACACGAGAGGGAUUCAGCACAUCAUUGGGCUGUACCUGCUGGGUACGCAGACCUUGCCAGAGAAGAAGGCUCUGAUUGAGCUACACCAACACGCCAACGGCAACAAAAAGCUUGUCUUCGACCAGGGGAUCAUCGACAGUGCGAGGGCGGAUUUCGAGUCCAUGACUGGACCUCGUUCGGAGAUCGACGAUUCGUCUUCCACCGCCGCCUCGGAAGACGAAGACGACGACGAAGAGGGGGAAGAUGACGAUAGAAGUGUCUUUCCACCAGGCCUGGAGAAAGCCUCAGAUGUCCCUGGAGUCAGCAAUGCCUGGGGUUUUAGGUGCGAGCUCUGCGGCCACAUCUGCGUUCAAACACGCCAUUUCUACGCACAUUUCAAGGAGGGAAGAGGAGUCGCAGGACUGAGGAUUUUCAGAGCCAUCAAGGCAGAGUUGGUCUGGUGGGCAAAGGAUCCUGAGGGGAACGAGUACACGGGAGAGUUGGUCGAAUUGACAGAGAAACCCAUGCAACCACCGAUUCCUGCACCUUGUGGCAAUCAGAUCAGAGCAGCAAACAAUGAGAGGCAUCGAAUCAGGCGGGCAAAGGCGGCAGCGAAGAGAAAUGUGGCGGCCGGACAAAAAGGCGUCGCAGGUACAAAGGGCAAGAGAGCACAGUCACAAGGUGAGGCAGAGUGA